AUGGUCAAUGCGACUGAUCCGAGAAUUGACAUUCCUGUUGAUAUUCUGGAUGUUGCAAAGGACACGAUCGCAGGGCGACGCAAAUGCGCAGCUUGGUACGCAGGUGCGCCGUCCGCCGACGUAGAGUCGGACAAAACUCACGUGUACUUCCUGGAAGUAUUGGAGAAAAUCUUCGAGAUGCUGAGAAAAGAGCACAAGAGCCGCCUACCGAAGCGCAAAAAGAAGGUGGAGCUCGCGACAGAUCUCAAUGACCUGAGCAAUUUGUACAGGCAUCUGGAGCUCGAAGAUCCGACGACUAUCGAACAAGAGGCCGGUGGCAAUCUCCCGGCAUCUACGAGCUCUAAGCCCGUGCAGAAAACACAGCGGGUUGAGCUAGACACCGACCCAGAAGAUGACCUGCGCUUCGCUGUGUGGUGCUUCCUGUCAGAUCUGCAGGAGAUUCGCCAGGAGUCACGCGAGACCUGGCUCGCAUACAAGAGAGGCGAGAUCAGCUUCGUCGUCGGCGCCUGUAAAGUCACUGAAAAAACUGCUGUCUUAGCUAACGCUGCGCUGAUAUCCUUCCAUGAGGAUCAUCCUACAUGUAUCGGGCACGAGGCCAUCAUCGACCUCGUGGGACGGGAAAUCUGCGUAUGUGGAAGUCGAGGGCGCGGCUACUGCACAUCACCAGAUCAUACACACGAUGGACCGUCGCCCAGAUGCUUCGCCAACACGAUGAUGCUCGAAGCAUGGUCGCCGCUACACGACAUGGAAGAUCUUAUCACCUGGCUCACGAAAGGCCACGACAUGCUCCCUGACAGCAAAGACUACAGGCCUGUUGUGGUCCAUCCACGUCACCCAUUCGCCAAAGCCCUCUUCAAUAUCACCGCAGAUCUUGUUUCCAUGGUUCAGAAAGGCAGCGAUUACAAGGCACUCUUUGCGUACGCCGACACUUUGGGCCAGCAUUUAUUGUGGCUUGCGCAAGGAGGAACCUCUUUCACCACGCCGCAAGUCUUCUCUGUCCAACUUUACAUGGACAUCUAUGAUAUUUUGGAUGGAGAAUUGGAACAGGGCCUGCGUGAAUUGACUGCCGCCUACCGCAUGACUCAAGACUCGCUGGAGGACUUCGUAAAAGUACGACAGCGCAUGGGUUCGCCACUCUCGAGCACCGCACUUAUGCUGUGCCCCCUGCCGAAGCCACAUCAGGUUGAUGGUAGAGAAGGCUGGCUGUUGGACGCUUCAGAAGCCCACGGCAUAAAGCGCGUCAGCGCUUCGUUCGGACCACAAUUCGUCCCUGCCAAUGUGCUUGCCACCUUACCGAUCUUGUGUGGUAGGCUGGCCUUCGACGUCGUCUCAGACUGGCAGAGCUGUGGCGUAAAUUUGGCCAAUCGCAACUCGACGGUCCUGGCGACCGCCCAUCUUUACAAAGCGACUGCCGUGCAAUCACCCUUCAACCAACCUUGGCUAGACAUGGAAACUGCCAUUGCCCGUCAAGUGAGACCAGAGGGUACAAUGUAUCGCGAGGGCGAGAACACUGUUCGCGAUGUUGCAAAGCGCUACUGUCUUGCCAUGGGUGUGCCGCUAGCACAAGUAGCCCAGAAGCACCAUCCAAAGCGUCCGGCAGACUCAGUCAGCAUGAAGAAGGCCUAUCGACUGAUCGAUCGCUCCGUCUUCGCGCUGGCGGAGAUGGAUGCUUGCUGGAACUCCGACAGGCGCCAACUGAUCAGCAAGCCUCAAAGCACCUUCUUCUACGAGUGCAUGCGGCGUUACACCAGGCUAGGUGGGAAACUUCAAGAUAAUGCGCUGAUUGAACAUUGGACCAAGACGGGUCGACUUACCAGUUGCCAGCUAUUGCGUGUGGUCCGGCAGAUCACGGCGGCAGACAGACUGGUCGGACAGUGUCAUCUGAUCCUGUCCAGCGUCAGCCGUUACUACGCGACCAAGUCGAAAGCAAAAGUGCCCGCCCAUCUCAAGACAGAAUACCCACAGCCGAAUCUCUUGAUCAAUGAGAUGCUGUGGGAAGCGGCCGGCAGCCAGACCCGUGGACUCAAAGUAGAGUCGACAGUACUACAUGCCAUCGGCCUCGAACUGCAAGAUAUCAUCUCCACCAAUGGCGGUACAUCAACGAGCAUGGCUCACGAGCUCUCGCUAGGCUACGCUAAAUACUGGCAGGCUAGGGAGACCUCUCCUUCCAUUCCGUCACUUGCCUCCAACGACAGAUACCCAAGCCGCCAGAUCAUUGAGCAUCAAUACACAAGCCACAUCAUACCAGAGUCGGAAUUCUCACCAACAUUGCUCUGCGCCAUUGCUAGAGCUGUCCUCAGAUACCACGAACCUUUCAUGACCCGCCCCUGGAACAUGAAGAAAGUCAAGCAAGCCUUACGUGACAUUCAGAAGAUGUUUGAGGUCGAAGUGAUGGCGAUGGGCUUGCGUCACAUGUGCCACCUGACUCUGACGGAGUAUUUGAUCCCAGAAAUGGUUGUGUACACGCAAGAUGAGAUGGAUGGAUUCACAAAGGACAGGCAGAAGUAUUUGAGGGACUUGGAGUGCGGAUUGAGAUUUUUGAAAGAUGGAGAAGAGGAGUUGAGAUAUUUCAGGUUGAGAUGA